CCGGGGGUUACACAGGCAACCAAGAAAAUAAGAGGAGAGUCAACGUCUCGUCGUCGCGCGCGUUAAAAAGCCUGAUAAAGAGAAUAAAUAGGAUAAAAAAAAAGGGGAGAGAAAAAAAAAGGGAGAGUAAUUCCUCGACGGCAUUUGUUUUUGGCUGUUACAGUUGACAAUUGUCAGUGAUAAUUGAAAGGGCUUGUGGUAAAAUGGCAGGUGAGAAGCGCAGUCAAGAGGUUGAGGAGGCACAGCGCAACGAAAAUAUCGUUGUCGUUGACAUCGAGGGAACGACCACCAGCAUCAGCUUCGUCAAGGAGACGCUCUUCCCUUACGUACGUGAGCAUUUGAAAGACUACAUCGAGAAGAACUGGGAUAACGCAGAGUUCAAAGAGGACCUCGAGAAGCUGAAAGAGCAGGUGAAAAAAGAUGAGACUGAUAAGGUGGAAGGGCUCGUUGCCAUAAUUUCGGGUACACCUGAAGAGGAGAAGGAGACACUCGUGAAGAAUGUCCUAUGGCAAAUGGAUAAUGAUCGUAAGACCGGUGCUCUCAAGCAACUACAAGGUCACAUGUGGCGAGAGGCGUACAAGUCUGGAGCUGUCAAGGGCCACGUCUACGACGACGUGCCAAAGGCCCUAGAAUCCUGGACAUCAGCAAGCAAGAAGAUCUACGUGUACUCGAGUGGCUCAGUGGAGGCCCAGAAAUUGCUGUUCGGUCACAGCUGUCACGGUGACCUGCUCCCUCACUUUUCAGACUACUUUGACACAGAAAUUGGUGCUAAGGUUGACUCAUCGAGUUAUAAAGCGAUCCUCUCGAAGCUGUCAGCGAGUCCCUCGGACGUUAUCUUCCUGACAGACGUUGCAAAAGAAGCAAAAGCAGCCUCAGAGGCGGGCUUGUCCUCAAUCCUGGUGAUUCGUGAGGGCAAUGAGCCCCUGUCAGUGGAGGAAAAGAGCAGCUACCCAACUAUCCAGUCCUUCCUAGACAUCACCUUCGUUGCACCAACGAAACGCCAAAAGUUGGAGGAAAUUCCGAAGAAAGACGACGAGAAGUCGGAGAUAGAGAGCAAGAUCGAGGGUGAUAAAAAAUCGGAGAAAAAACCUGAAGCUGAGCCCGAGGACGUGGAGAUGACGGAUGUGAGUGAAAAAAAAUCUGAAACCGAGACGAAACCUAAAGAGGCCACUCCCACCCCUGAGCCAGAGGCCCCCAAAGCUGCAGCAGAGGUUGGAGAGGUCGUGGAUAAGACCCCAGAAGAGUCCCCAGUCCCUGAGAAGCCCUCAGAGGCACCAAAAAUCGAAGAACCUGAGAAAAUGGAAGUGGAGAAACCAGAAUCAAAGCCUAAGGAGGAGGAAAAGAUCCCAGCACCCGAGGAGAAAAAUCCUGAAGUUGACUCAACGAAAUCUGCACCCCCAGUGGACAUAAAAUCGCCAGAAAAAUCCGAGGAAACCCCAGAGCCACCUAAAUCCGAAUCACAAACCAAGAAGAUCGAGCCUGAGACUGUAACGAAACCAGAGCCUGAGGAAGCAAAGAUCGAGGAGAAAAUUGUGGAGAAAAUCGUGGAGAAAGCCGUGGAGAGCCCUGAAAAGGUCCCUGACAAGACUGACAAACCUGAAAAAUCUGAUAAACCUGAUAAAACCGAGGAGAAACCUGAGGAGAAGGAGAAUGGUGAAGAAGUGAAGCAGAAUGGUGAGUCCAAGGUUACGAUAGACGAGAAGGCGAUAGAAGUUAAAGCUGAGGUCAAUGGCAAGGAUAUCAGCAGCAAAGAGGAGAAGUCUGAAGAAGUCAAUGAAGUUGUCAAGGACGUCACGGAUAAGGACCUGAAGGAUGUCAAGGAGAAGGAGGAGGAUAAGGGUGACGAUAAGGAGAAUAAAGAGAAGAGUGAGAAGUGUGAGAAGAGUGAGAAGAGUGAGAAGAGUGAAGAGAAAAAAGUCAAUGGGAGCUCCGAGACUGACGAAUCACACAGAAAUCGCAGUGACACCAAUGAUACCACGAAGAAUGGCGAGAGCUCUGAGGAUAAGGACACCAUCAAGGUGAAGAAAGUGGUGGAGAGCAUCGUCGAUGGGGCUGCUGAGCCUGAGGUAGUUCCACCAGUUGCCGUUGUUGCUGCGACGUCCUAAUUAAAUGAGACUCGACAAUGCAACAUUUAAUCCUUCGAUUUUUAAUAUUAAAACAAAGUGACAAAGUAAUUGAGUAAUUGAGAUGUCCUCAUGCAUAACCCCUGGAACAUAUUACCCCAUCCACCCCUCACCCCCUCUCAACCCUCGGAAUUCAAUAUUUAAUCGUUUAAAGUGGAGUGGAAAUUUUUUUCGGGAGAACGAGAGCUCUGCGUCGGUUUUUCGAUUUUCUUCGUUUCGGUUCGGCUUUUCCUUUUUGUUUUGUUUUUUUUUUUUCUUUUUCAUUGGACAGUUGUUGAGGUACUGUGCCAAAUUGUCAGUUUUCGGGGGGUUUCUGUUACGGUCCACUCGGUAAUUAAGGAAUACUCAAAGUGCUUCAUUCACAUCAACUGUACUCAAGACUGAAGAGACAAUUUUUGCUAGAUCUUUCGUCGAUAAUCAAAAGUUGAGGAUUUUUCGCGGGGAACAGCUGUACUUAAACCUUAUGAGAUUACUCUUUUUACUCGUUUAAAUUUUCGCUUCAAUUAAUCAAGAGACAUUUUUGGUCGAGGGGUAAAACGGUUCAAGUGGAUUUUCAUUGGAUUUUUUAUAUUCAGUAGUCCUGAUGACGUUUUUGUGGGGAACUUUUUUGGAGGGCUUGAUUCGCUCUACAGAAACGGUUAUUACCAUAAUUACGGUAUUUCAGUUAGAUUGGGAGAUAUUCCUUGAAGAGUCGAGUUAGAUGUCGAUUUGAAUCGUUUUAAUGUUUGACUAAUGAAAUAAUUAGUGGAAAUUGGACAACACAAUUAUCUUUCAGUCAAAGCUUUUUUUACUGACGCCUGGUGUAUUAUUUCCUGUCGACAAAAUUAACUGUGAUCUUAUUGUUAUAACGAAGCCACGAACAAUUAAUGUAGAAUCAUCGGACAGGCAGUACAGGGGCUUUAUUUUUUUAAUCAGUUCUCUCGUUCCUAAGUUACGUGAUAAUUAGUCAGAUUAACAAAUUAGUCACCACCGACCGUCCACGAACAGUCCACACGUCAAAAUAGUCACGAUUAUUUUAAUGAUUUACUCAUGCUGAUGUUAUUAUUUCUACUGAAAUGACUGAUAGAAAUGACUUCGUUGAUUCAUCUGUAAUGUGAAACGUAGAUAUUUCGGUCAUGAUUUUCUCGGGAACGAGGGGACUUACGACCAAAUGGUAGAGGACAUUUUUUAUAGGUAGUUCGAUCCUCUAUGAAAAGUUCCUCUGGCUUUUUGUCGUGGAAUCAAGGGUCUCGGAGAUAAAUCCGACUGACUAAGACAACAUUUCAUUUUGUAUGUUUCACUACUUGACUGCAGUAUUUCACUUAUUAAAAAAAAAACAAUGAAAUCUCAACCCCGAACUUUAAUCAUAAGUGAGCGUUUGUUUAGGAUUUUCUAUUUGUAUGUAAGGUUUAGUCGCUUAGCGGGCGGUGGAUUAUUGUAUUUUUCAGUCGAAAUUUUCGCUUUAUUUUUAUGGAUAUGUAAUUCAUAAUGUACGAAGUCAAUGUCUCAGUGUUCUCAUGAAUAUGUCGAUUAUGAGAGGAUCGGAGUUCGUCUCACUCGAAACCCAGAAAAAUUUAUGAAUAUUAAUACGACGAGCACUCAUUCUGCCCGGGGUUCUCGAAUUUUCGAGGAAAAAUUUAUUCCACUGGCUGAAAUUAAUUUUACCCGGGCAAUUCAGGUGCAGGGGCCAUCAAACAGGAAUAUAAAUUGUCCUGGCUACGAGAUGAGACGAUUCUUCAGCAAUUUUCAAACAAUUCUCUCAAUUUUCAUCAUCAAUCAUCAACCAGUGAAGUGGUAAAACGAAAAACGAUUUCAAAGAAUUUCAGAAAUCGAUUUAUCUCGAUUCGAAGCUGUUUCAGACGAAAAAUUCAUAAGAACUUUUCACAGAGAAUUUCAUGAGCUACAAAAAAGGUCUCGUAACAUUCUCUCAUAAACCCUGUAAUUAUCGAGAUAAUUACAUUGUCAAUUAAUAACACUCCACAAAAUUUACGUUUUGUGGAACUCUGACAUAUAGCGUAGUAUCUCGAUAAUGAAAGGUAGUAGAAAAAACUAGCACAUAACUUUUUUGUGGAAAAUUGAAUUCUCUGUAUAAAAUAUCAUAUGACAUUUUCACGUAGGAGGCUUCAACGUCGAGAUAUCCACGAUUUACCACUCCACAUCAGCAUUAAUCCACGCGAUUUAUUGAUAAAAAUUGACAAGUCGUCAGACAUUCCCUCGCAUUAUUCCAAUUUGUGUAUCGACAACGUAAAACACUUCGUCACACAGAGAUCGAUUGAAUCACACGAUUGACUCUUCAUCCCCAUUUUAAAAUCAUUCACAUCAUCCCCAUUCAAGGUUUGCGUCGAUAAUCGCGCGGUCGUUUCUCUGUGUCGAAUUAUUUAACGUCGUCUGACCCUCGUGUUAUCACUCUUCCCUGUAUUUUUUGUUCCAAUUAUCUAUUUUUUAAUUGAAUUUGUCUGAGGAGAACAGGAGGAACAGUGAAUUAAUAAUAAAAAAAUGGAUUAAAUGCUCAAAGCCAGUGGCCCGCUCCCAAUUUUUCGAUGUAUACCAUUAUUUACUAAUAUAUGAAUAUUCGAAUUAGUGAGAUAAGUUUCUAAAGUUAAAGAAAAGAAAACACGAGAACGAAUAAAACAUUUAUAAGUUAUUUAAUCCGAAUAUCAUGGCUCUGAUGUUUAUUGAACGACCUUUUGGGAUUUGUUGAGGGUUUUGUAGGGUUUGAGGAUUUUAUUUCGAUUAUUUAUACGAGAUCAAUCACUGCCUCGACAUCGACAGAGAGUUCCCAAAAUUGAUUAAUUCAUUAAUUACUCAACCGUAAAAAAUUGACAAAUUGACAAAUUAAUCCUCGAUUAAUCAAUUAAUCAAUUGACUUCCGUUUCCACACAACGUAAUUCGUAAUUCUCCAAUUGAAGAUCGUUCACAAGACAAAAUUUGUAUUUUUGUCGAUAAAUUUUGUCGACCAUAAUUAAUGAAUAAUCGAAUUUUUAAUUGGCCCUCGCAGUGAGUAAGAAUAAAAAUGCCAAACGGAGAAUCAAAUACUGAAUUCAUCACCACGAAUUUUUAAUACUUGAAUAAUUCAGCGUAAAGUAAUUAAUGAAAUUUAUUUUCUGUGCCAAAUAAGCAAUAAAACCUUCAUUCACCCACCGACUCGCUGUCUGCGGUUGUGAGUAAUUUUAAUUUUCGUAUUUGUCAAGAUAAAAUAAAAGGAGGAACAUAGAUUAAAAAUUUUCAAAUACUCAGAA